AUGGUUUACCUUCCACCUUCGAUUACAGGAGAUCCCCUCACGGCGUAUCUUGUCACAGACCUUACCAAUGACGAGUUAAAGACUAUCAAGUCAGCCUUUGAACUCGGCGCUUGUUCCAAGUUCUCACCCUUGCUCGAGUUGAAGAUUGUACGCGCACCCGAAGACUACUGGGGAAAGUCUCACCAGUACAUCCGCGCCCAAGAGAAUGAAGCUGGUAGAGAAGAGGCCUUUGCAGUUAUCGACGAAGAAGCCAAAGAGAGAGGCGCAAUUUGGUACAUUGAUCAAUUCGCGGAUGAAGACGAAGUUAAAGAAGGCCAGGCCGAGAGUACCGAUGUCGUCUUCAGGAUCCUGAUCCAGACUGAAGCCCUUGCUCUAGCGCAAGUCAACUACGCCAUUGCCAACUCGAGUAUCGUAGAAGACCUCGAAAAUUGCGCUGUGGACCUACCCCUCACAAAUGACUUCCAUCAACCGGAUCUGCAUGAUUGUGGUGGAUUCGAUUGGGUUGAGCAGCAGAAACAUCAGGAUACGUGGGUCACGGCGGAGCCUGGAGAAUAUGAGGAGAGCACUGCUGAUGAGCGUCGCGACAAUUACAUGCCUCGUCCUGAUAAAGUAGCAAGGCUCAAAGAAGAUGUCGCUAAGAGUAUUGGGCUGGUCAGCUCCUGGGCGAUUCCCAGCCAAGCUAGGACUAUUAAGUAUCAUGAUGGGACGAAGAAGGAGUUUCCGCCUGGAAGUGUCGUACUGCAGCAGAGAUAUGAUCCUGACUUUGCCUGGCCAGAGUAUCAGUGGCCUGAGGGAUCUUUAUAG